AUGGCUUCUGCCUCUAUUACCCAGCAUUGUCUUUGGUUCUCAGGCUUCCAACUGCAGGGUCUUUCUGGUCCUCUUGUUGCCCAGCUGGGAGGGUCUGUCCUGCUGCCCUGUGCUGCUGAAUCCCCCCUGCCUCUGGAGGAGCUGGAGGUGGAGUGGAGAAGAGCAGACUCUGGUGCCCUGCUGCACCUCUUCCAGGAGGGAGAGGAGAGACCAGAGUCACAGGAUCGAGCAUACAGGGGACGAGUGGCCUUCUUCCCUGUGGAAAUGGCCAAGGGAAAUUUCUCAAUACUUCUCAAGAACGUGUCAGAAGAGGACAUUGGAGUUUACAGCUGCAAGGUUUUCACUGAACACGAGGCAGAGGAAGUGAAAGUUGACGUAUUGAAAGUAGGUAAGUUCUUUGAUUCAUCUCCCCCACCACAUUGCUGGGUACUGCCAGGAAGUGGGUAACGCCACGUUUGAAGUCAACAAUGGAUCAGUAUGUAGCGGCGUAACCACAAACACAUUGGGUCCCCUGGUGCCUUAGUAUAGAAGUAGAAUGAGAUUACUGUAUUCAGUGUUUUCUGCAGAAUUUCCGUUAGUCCAAGGGCAUUGGCUAGUA